CGGCGUAUGAGUGAGUAGAGAAACUAAAAGCAGAAGAAGAAAUGCGGAAAUGUGCAGUGUGGAAACCAUGGUGUAAACAAGCGAUUCACUACAGUAGUGUCAAACGGGUGUGUCUGCGGCAACCAUGCCUUAUCUGGGCGGCGAGGACACGGUGAGGGAGCUGAGGAGGGCUUUGUCCAACCCCAACGUCCAGUCCGACCAGCUGCGCUACAGGAACACCAUCCUCAAAGUCAUCAGAGCCAUGUCACAGGGUGUGGAUGUGUCAGGCCUGUUCAGUGACAUGGUAAAAGCGUGCGCCACAGUAGACAUAGUCCAGAAGAAACUGGUCUAUGUCUUCCUGUGUUCCUAUGCCGCUUUAAACCCAGAGCUGUCUCUGCUAGUCAUCAACACUCUGAGAAAAGAUUGUCAGGAUCCGAACCCCAUGGUCCGCAGCCUGGCCCUGAGGAAUAUGACCAACCUCAGGUUACCUAGUCUGAUGGAGUAUGUGGAGCAGCCCCUGACAGCAGGACUGAGGGACAGAGCAGCAUGUGUACGACGAGUGGCUGUGCUCGGCUGGGCCAAACUACACAAUCUCCAACCCAACUCUGAGAUCGAUGCUGCAGUGGUGAACGAGCUGUACAGCCUGCUGAGGGACCCGGACCCCGUGGUGAUGGUAAACUGCCUCCGGGCUCUGGAGGAAAUCCUGAAGGAGGAGGGAGGAAUUGCCAUUAAUAAACCUAUCACCCAUCACCUCCUCAACAGGUUGAAGGAGUCCGAUGUUUGGGGUCAGUGUGAGGUGCUCAGGAUCCUCCAGCGCUACCGGCCUCAGUCAGAGGACGAGCUCUUCGACAUCCUGUCCCUGCUCGAUGCCUCCCUAGUCAGCCCCCACCCCCAAGUCAUGGCUGCUACCCUCAGCCUGUUCCUCAGCCUCUGCUCAGGCCUGCCUGCUGUCAGUCUGGCGGCCCUAGAGCGAGUACGUGGACCCCUGCUGGCCGCCUGUGGGAGUGUGUCCAGAGAGCUGAGGUUCACUGCCCUCUGCCACAUACAGUUGCUGUUACGUUCUCUCCCUGGCCUGAUGGGGGCACACUACAAGCGAUUCUUCUGUGGCUAUGCUGAGCCGGCCUACAUCAAGCAAAGGAAGAUGCAGGUGCUGGUGGAGCUGGUGAAUGAUGACAAUGUCACAAUGUUACUGGAUGAGCUGAAAGGGUACUGCACUGAUGUUAAUACUGACACCGCCCAGGCUGCAAUAUCAGCUAUAGGUCGGAUUGGGCGGAGCUACAGUGACAGAUGUCUAGAGAUCCUUACUGGGCUGCUCGCACUCAAACAGGAGCACAUCACUUCUGCGGUAGUGCAGACAAUGCGUGACCUGGUCUGGGUGUGUCCUCAGUGUAGCGACACUGUGUGUUUGGCUCUCGAAGGCUGCGAGGAGACGCUACAGGAUAGUCAGGGCAGGCAGGCCUUGCUGUGGUUGCUGGGUGUGUAUGGCGAGCAAGUCUCCAGUGCCCCCUACACAUUGGAGGUGUUCAUCGAUGGAGUUAGGAGCGAGGUCUCUCUGGGAGUCAAGAUGGAGCUGCUGACGACCACCAUGAGGCUGUUUUUGUGCCGGCCUGCCGAGACACAAGAUAUGCUUGGAAGACUGCUGCACUACUGCAUAGAGGAGGAGCCGGACAUGUGUGUACGUGACCAGGCACUUCUCUACUACCGCCUGUUGCAUUGUGGGAUUGAAGAAACACAAAAGGUCCUCCAGGGUCGAAGGUCAGACCCUUCCCUGGGUGUUCUGAUUGGCCGCCCCUCGGAGCCCAUCAGCCAGUGGGCAUGCAGCUUUAACACUCUGGAGCCCCUGAGGCAGGGCACAGUAGAGACAGACUCAACCAGCAGAGGAAGCCCUGAACAUGUGACCUUUGAGCCCAAGCCUAACACUGACCUCUCAGACACACUGAACUGUAGCCAAGUUGAGAAGGUUCCUUCAGGCUCAGUCAGCGCCAGUCGGUGCACGGAUGCCUCAGCUGAUGUCCCGGCUUCCAGCAUCGCAGCCCCCCUCAGUUUGUCCCUCUCCCCAGCUCUCAGCCCAGAGGAGUUUGAGCGCCUGUGGCUGCAGCGACAGGUUUUGCAUUCUGAGCAAGGUGAUGAGAAAAUGGAGGAGGAUUAUAUGUGCUUGGAAGAACAGAUCCAGUUCCCCGCAAUACCUCACUGUUCACCACAAAGCCUUCAGGCUGCGAUGCAGCUGGUCAACAUCCAGACUCUGGCCUUCACUCCACCGCACACACUCCCCUGGAGGGUCUACCUAUACACACACACCCAGCAUGCUGGCGAUUCACCCCACAUCACACUCAUACUGGGGGAGCUGCUGUACACUGGAGAGGCAAAUCAGAGAGCGGUAUUAAAGAAAGGUGUGUGUGACAGAGAGUUGGCGGUGGAGGGAGGGGAGGAGGAGCAGGUGGAAGAGGAGGAGGAAGCCACAGCUGACGGGCAGAGAAUUAGAGUGUCGAUGAGAAAAGAAGGCGAAGAGGAGGAACUGAAAGUGACUCUUAAGCAGCAACCAAGAGAUGACAAAGCUCUGAAGGGGUUUCUGUCCAUCCUUACCACUGUACUGCACACACUGUCCUCAGAAAGAAAAUAAAUAUACAUUACAUUGUACGGACUGCAUAUCCUUACACAGAUGAUUUGAAGUAGCCCUUGCAGGAGCGAAACCACACGUUAAACCUACACAGGGAGAUUGCACAAAAGACAACAUAGGAAGUCUAUGUUUUCUUUUUCACUUACUUACACGCUGCAGUCUCUCUUUCAAAAAACGAAGCCUCUCAGCCUACUUGAUGCAUUGCCAACUAUCCGACACAUUAAAGAUACAUAUUGAGUAACUACCAAUGAGAUACGAUUCCCCCCUAUUGCGAUGCAGUGACACAAUUUAAUUCAACACAAUGCGAUGUGAAAGAACACAAUGCUAUGCAGUCUUUAUGGUAACUAUAUUUUAAUUUAAUGUCUUCAGCAGCUUGCAAUCGCAUUUUAAACUUUUAUGCCAGUGCACCAAAGCAAGUCAGUGAAUCUUACCAUUCCCACGUUGCACAUUUUAAAUUGUAUCAGCUGAAAUAAUUGGCAUCAGAGUGCAGUCUUUACAGGAGUGAAAUGCAAUUGAACAAGACCGCAUUCAGCAAAGAAGUAACUUCUGAGGGGCUGUUCAUCUGCUGUUUAUUCACAGUUGAGCCAUGUUGGGUAGAUAAAGAAUAGUUCAGGUCCGAUAGGGUUAAAAAACAAACACAUGCCCUGAUGGAAGUAACCACCUUACUUGUUCACAGGAUGCAGAGCUGUACAGGGAUCCUGAAACUGAAAGGUAUUAUAGUCUUUUUUCAUUUGUGUGCACCAGUCAGCUAUUGUCAGGGGGAGCUAGGUUUGACAGAUUGUUAUGUACAUUGGAGGCUGUAAUGAUAAUAGCUUGCUGAAGGUUAAUGCAAACACAAACUUGUGUCUCUGAAGCAUAAAAUGGUAUUUCAGUGUAGUGUUACACAACUGGUUUGGUUUAUUGCACGUUAAACAUGAUAGAAAAGGUAUCAUGCCAUGAAGCUACAAGGGAAGAAUCCACUGGGACACCUCUUGAAGAAAUGGAGUAAGUAGCCAGUGAUCUCAUGGAAAAUCCAUCAGAUGAACGUGAUAUCAUGGGACGGCAUAUUGUAGCACAUUUUAAGCUUUUCACACAAACGGCAGUCUCCUGGGUAAAUGUGCUGUGAUUGUUUGACCUAUCCAUUUACCCCAACUGUGGACUUUAUUGCUCUUUGUACAAGGUCACCUGACAUCUUUUUCUCUAUCAUGUGAAAUGACAUGCAUCCUGCAUAAUAUAAGGCAGUAGGGAUUAAAGGACAGAAAAUGACACAAGAAAAGCCAAAAAUGUCUCAUAAUAACAACAUGUGAAGUGACAUUGGUGUGUUAUUCAUAUGCCAUUUUGGAUACCAGGCUGAUUAGAUCAGUGGCAGAAGACUGAACCUGUGACGGGUCAGCCCUGCUGGAUAAAUAAGGGGGUAAAGAAAGAAUAAAAUAUAAUGUUGAAAAGUA